AUGUCAGAAGAAACAUCAAAGGAAAAUGAAAGUGUUAAGGAUGGUAAAGAAUGUGAUGAAGCAUCUAAAUUAUUAGACUUAUAUAUGGCAGAACUUGAUCAAGUACAAAGUGAAGAUGAAGAUGAAGACUAUAGGCCUCAUUGGGAACUUCACUGGAAGAGCGUUAAUGUUGGAGUAAAUUUUCAAGCUCUAGUAACAGAUGGGCUAUCAACAUAUGGUGAUGUAAUGCCUUAUGAAAAUAAUGAUGAACUGUUAUGGGAUCCAAAUGUAUUGGGGGAAGAUUUAAUUGAAGAUUAUUUGACAAAAAUCCAGCAAAUUACAAAGGCAUUAAAGCCAAAAUCUAAAGUUGUUGGUAUUCGGGAUAAUGAAAAAGCACUUUACUUGUUAGUUCAAUGUGGUCAUGAUGUAGCCGAAGCUCUUAGAAGAAUGUCAUUAAAUGUAGUACCUUUGGAGAAAUCACUAAGUGUCUGGUCAGAAGAUGAAACAUUGAAGUUUGAGAUGGGAUUACUGAUAAGCGGAAAGAAUUUUCAUGCCAUACAAAAAGAGGUUAAAACCAGAUCAGUAGCAGAGUUGGUUCAUUUUUAUUAUUUCUGGAAAAAAAGUGAUAGGCAUGAUCAAUUCGAAAGGAAGCAAGUUUCAAUGCGUCCAGAAAUGAAGCAGUGGCAACAUUGGGAGUCUGAAGAAGAUCAAGACAGUGAUUUUGAUACAAGUAUGUUUCCGGAUAAUAGUCACGAUGAUAGUGAGGAUAGCUUAAACGCUGCUGAAAAUAAGGCACAAAUGAAGUGUUUAAUUUAUGCUGAUCGCAAAAGACAAGUACGAAAAAAAGCUUCAAAUAAUGCUUGUAGUAAUACUAAUACUAGUACUAACACUAACUAA